GCACUCUGUGAGUCUGCUCUUCACACUCCCUAUGACAGCUUGAAACUGGGCAUGCUGUCUGUUCUUUCCACCUUAUCGGGGACCAUUGCCAUUAAACAGUACUUCAGUGGUGCUCCAGGAACAGCAGCUACAACUGCAAGAUCGUUUGAUUUAGUAAAACUAGCACAGGAGUGCUGUUACCAUAAUAACCGUGGUAUUGCAGCUCAUGGUGUGAGAAUUCUGACUAAUAUAUCAGCGUCUUGUCAGGAAAAAGAUCUUCUGCCUUUGGAGCAAGAUGCAGUUUUUGGCUUAGAGUCGCUUCUUGUUCUUUGUAGUCAAGAUGACAGUCCAGGAGCUCAGGCAACCUUAAAGAUCACGCUGACUUGUAUGGUGAAGCUAGUCAAGUGCCGUCCUCACCUGAGCCAGUCAGUGGUUGAAUCUCUGCUGACCCAGUUGCACAGUGCGCAGGAUGCUGCUUGGAUUCUCAUGUGCCACUGUUUAGCAGCUAUUGCCAUGCAGCUGCCUGUCUUAGCAGAUGGGAUGCUAGGAGACCUCAUGGACCUCUAUAAAUUAAUUGGACGAUCUACCACAGAUAAAAAACAGGAACUCUUGGUUUCUCUUGCCACAGUGAUAUUUGUUUCUAGUCAGAAAGCUUUGUCUUCGGAAAUCAAAACUGUUAUCAAACAGCAGCUUGAGAAUGCCUCCAAUGGAUGGACAGCCUACAGGAUAGCCAGGCAGGCUUCCAGAAUGGGCAACCAUGACAUGGCCAGAGAACUGUAUGAGAGCCUGCUGACUCAGGUGGCUUCAGAACACUUCUACUUCUGGCUGAACAGCUUGAAGGAGUUCUCCCAUGCAGAACAGUGUCUAACAGGUUUGCAGGAGGACAACUAUAGCUCAGCGCUUUCUUGCAUUGCUGAAGCUUUAAAAUCCUAUCACAAAGGAAUAGCGUCACUUACGGCUGCUAGUACGCCACUUAAUCCUCUGAGCUUUCAGUGUGGAUUUGUGAAACUCAGGAUUGAACUUUUGCAAGCUUUUUCUCAACUUAUUUGUACCUGCAACAGCCUAAAAACAAGUCCACCGCCAGCUAUUGCCACAACAAUUGCUAUGACAUCAGGAAAUGAUCUCCAAAGGUGUGGACGCAUCUCUAACCAGAUGAAACACUCAAUGGAGGAAUUUCGAAACCUGGCAACACGGUACGGAGAUCUGUAUCAGUCAUCUUUUGAUGCAGACUCAGCAACUCUAAGGAAUGUAGAACUACAACAGCAGAGCUGCCUGUUGAUUUCACAUGCAAUAGAAGCUCUGAUUUUGGAUCCAGAAUCUGCAAAUUUCCAGGAAUAUAGCUCAAAUGGAACAGCACAUGUUGAGAGUGAGUAUGAAAGAAGAAUGAUGUCUGUAUUUAAUCAUGUACUGGAAGAAGUGGAGUCCCUCAACAGGAAGUAUGCUCCUGUGUCUUACUUGCAUACAGCUUGUCUGUGCAAUGCUGUCAUUGCGUUGUUGAAGGUACCCCUUUCAUUUCAAAGGUACUUUUUUCAAAAGCUGCAGUCUACAAGUAUUAAGCUUGCUCUAUCCCCAUCUCCAAGGAACCCAGCAGAACCUAUUGCAGUACAGAACAAUCAGCAAUUGGCCCUGAAGGUGGAAGGAGUGGUUCAGCAUGGAUCUAAACCAGGCCUCUUCCGUAAAAUCCAUUCGGUCUGUCUAAAUGUCUCUUCAGUGCUGCAGAGCAAAUCUGGACAAGACUAUAAGAUUCCUAUUGACAACAUGACCAAUGAAAUGGAGCAGAGGGUGGAACCACACAACGACUACUUCAGCACUCAGUUUCUGUUAAACUUUGUGAUACUUGGCACACACAACAUCACAGUAGAGUCCUCUGUAAUAGAUUCAAAUGGUAUUGUCUGGAAAACUGGGCCUAAAACCACUAUUUUUGUUAAAUCUCUUGAGGAUCCAUACUCCCAGCAGGUUCGUCUUCAGCAACAGCAAGGACAACCGCCAUCACAGCAGCAACAGCAAAGAACAGCAUACUCACGGUUUUAAUUCCCAGAAGUGACUCU